CAAAACUACGGUGGUAUUGUAGAGGAAAGAAUUUCGAAUGAGUCCUAUAGUUCAGUUAUCUAUUUGCCUUUUAUCUUAUCGUUGUUAUCAAUGGGUGUGUUGAAUGUUUCACAGGUUUACUUUUCUACUUUUUCGCCUUGAAACAAAACAUACUUAGUUUAGUUAGCACACUAACACGCCGUGACUGAAAUUGAUUUUGUCUAAAAACGAUCUUUAAAUGUGAGAUGUGAAGAUGUAAAGUUGAAGACAAACGAUGAACAGUGUUAAAUAUCUUAUCAUUGGUAAUGCUUCACAAUGGUAACAUGCAAGUUGGACAACGAGGUAUCGGGUGAAUUCUUGGGUUGGGAGUUGCCGACAUGGACAGCACUUCUCUUGCAUCGAGUCUUGCCUUCUUGUGCAGGUCUUGUCGUCUACCUCACACUGAUCUGCUUCGAUAUUGCUUUAGUAUGUGAACAUUUUCUGAGCAAUGAUCAUGGCAUCGGGAUUUUCCUGAUUAUUUUAAUGGUGUUACCUGCCUUGUUAAGCUUGGUGUUUACAUUAGCGUCACCACCUCCAGGACUACAGACUGAAGACUCGGCUAUUUCUAUUGAGAUAGAGAAAAACGAUUUACAAUGGAUAUUUAUGCAGAUUGGAAACUUUUUGUUAUUUCCGAUUGCGGCAAUUGGCAGAUACUGCCACCAAGUGUUCUGGUGGGUGGAAGCCGUCUGUGCAGCUCGAGACGAAGACGACGAACGUACCCGAAACGCCAUACAAAUAGCCAAGGCCCCUUCCCCGAUGGAGCUCUAUUUGUUCCUUCAGGCAUUUAUUCAUUCAGCUCCACAUAUAAUUGUGAACGUUUUGGACCUGAUGAACCGUUAUUCAGAUCCUAAAUUCGAAAAAUUCUCCUUAGUAUGGGUGAGUGUAGUGAUGUCUUCAUUCCGGAUGGCUAGCACGGCCACGGUAUAUAGAAGAUUUGAACGCGAAAAACUUUGUGGUCGUCAUUAUCCAUGGAAGACUUAUUCGGAAGAACUGGAAAACUCAGCAAAUGAAAAAACCGAAUUAGUAAACAAAGUUGAAGAACAGAAACAAGAAACGGAAGAGGAAAAUAUUUACGAAACAUUAUCGCCACUUCAUCGAACGUCUGUAAUAUCACAAAGGUCGAACCACAGUAGAAGUAAGGGUACGAGUGAUAUGAUUCAGUUCUCGCCGCGCUCUAAUAUAACUGAACCGUUUUUCGAUGAUGAGGGAUGUUGUACCGAUUCAAGUUCCGAAUAUUUACCACCAAUACCUGUGAGCCAAGUAUCGCGUAGAACUUCUUCAUUAAAUAGCGAGGAUGAGUAUACGAGGCCGAUAUCUAUAAUUGAGAGAGUCGCACCUCGUCGGCGAGACACACAGUACACUAUACAAGAAGUAUGCGUAACUCCGCCACCGGCUAUGCCUGCUCCUAGACCAGGCACUCUCUCGAUAUGGGCCGAGAAGUUAGUAGAGAAUGCGGAAGCUAUACCAACCUGGUUGUCAGCGCCUCCUCGGCGGAGACAUGUCGAAGAGAUUAAAGACGAGCCCGACGUCCCACGCCAUGUUCCCGGCCCCCUCAUCAUGCGGGGUCUCGAACCUCAAGACGCGUCGGCUGCACUAGUCCAUUUCCUAGGCUGGCACAUGUUCUUUAUCUCCCGUGUGCUCUCUAUGGCAGCUUUUAUUAACUUUUUUCCUUUUGCUGCGAUCAUAGUUCUUUUCUCGCACUACCAAAUAAUUUUACUUCUUUUAAUAGUCCCUCAAGCUAGUACAGUGAGAAGGGGGUUUUACAUAUUUCUAGCAUUUAUUUAUUUAUUUUGUUUAAUGGAAUUUAAAAUUCGCUUCCGUCACGUGCGGGUAUGGCACGUGUUUUGGAUCAUAGUGUGUACUAUAGAAAUUGUUGUAUUCACGGGUCUGUGGGCCGGCAUAAACAAUAAAUUAAAUGAUUGGUGGCGUGAAUUUAUAGUAAAGAUAAUAUUCGGUAGCAUGCUGCUCAGCUUCAUGUGUUUUCUCGUAUAUUUUGUAUUAUUGAAACCUAGAGAAACUGUUGUGUAUGUAAAAAAUAAGAGUAACGUGGAACCUUAAAACGGAUUAAGUAAUGAACACCGCUACGAUGGAUAGGUAUUACAACUUGUCUAGAGUUCACUGACAUGUUGACACUCUCAAUCCCACCGUGUAAACUACAGGAAAUUAAAACCCACUCUCGGGAAGCGCCAGCCGGCCACAUCCGUUUCGAAGCACCUACCUAGAACGCACACUGAAAAUAAACCUUCUUUUGAAUCAAUAAUUUAAGCCCGAUUUAUAAUACGAUUGUUUGAAUUAAACGUCGACCUUGAAUUCGUUCUCUGAAUAUGACGAGGAACAACUCGACCAAAUGGUUAAUAAAAACAUUCCGUUUUCCCCCGAAGUCGUCCUCUAUUGUCUCAGGAAGACGUUCUAUCUUAAUAUAAAUAACUCGUAUAUCAAAAAAAAUUAAUGGUUUAUGAGGUGAUACAUACCUUAAUAAAAUUAUAGUACGUAGUAUAAAAAAUACACAAUGAAGUGAUGUGGCUCACCGUACAGUCAGCAGCAAUACAAGCGGAUGAAAACGCACCAAAAGUAUCUGCCACCCUGAAAUACCUUUCCUAUUUCUACCGUUCGCAUUCAAAAGUUCUGUCACAAACUAACUAGUAGUUCGCCCCGAACUGAGAACUCGCAGUGAACCAAAAAUUAUUAUAGAGCGAUUGACUUUGUUGCACCUACUUAGGUAUCGUAUAGUGCGUCAUGAAAUAGUAGAAAAUAAAUGAGAGCACCACUUUCUACGUAACUGUCACAUUUUUGACCUAAAAUGCUUACACAUGGCAACAAUUUAGUAUGAACAUUUUUGAGUUCCAUUUGAUUCAAUUUCUACUAUUUCAUGUCGCACUAUAGGCUGCAAUGGAUCAAAAAUCGCCUGGAUUUAUUGCAAGGUCUGUGGAGCCCUUGACUGAUAGAUUUAAGCAAAGAGUAGUAUGUAUAAUAUAUA